AAUUAAUCUAUUCAUUUAUUUAUUCAGUUUUGUAUAAAAUUUCUGUUCAAUUGUCCAUCCCUCCUCAUUAGGCAGCUAAAGGAUAAGAAAGCGCCACACGCAUUAACAAGGAAUCACAUACUCUAAUAAGCUGAGAAAAUGUCAUCUUAAGCCCAUCCCAGAAGAAAGAUGUAAGCAUCGAUACCUGUGCUAAUUCCUAGGUCGCAAGGAAGGACCCCUGACAGACGGAGAAUCCAAAACCCACCUGAGCCAAGCAAGGGAAACCCAUAGCCCCAUGUUUUCUGGGUUAUAUAAGGCUAGUUGCAUCGCAUUCAGAGAAAACCGAGAGAGAGGCCCACACUACGAAUAACACGGUUUCCUCAAUUCACUGUUGAGGAAGCUGACAAGAAAUUCAACUUCAACCCGAGUUCUUGGGUGGUCGGUUUUAAGUUUUACGCGGAUAAGUUGAAUUCAAUUUACUGAGAAGAGAGUGAGAGAGAUGUGGGGAGAGAAGGGGAUGGCUAUGUUGGCGUUGAUGGGUGUGUUUUUUGGUUUGUCCGUGUCAACGUCCGCUUCUGAUACCCAUCAGCAGCAGCAGAGGUGGUGGAAGAAGUCGGCCAUGUUUUAUGGGUCAAGCUCUUCGGCCGUGAAUCCGCUUAGGUCCUCCGUUGUUUUCCCAAUCUACGGCAACGUUUAUCCCGAUGGAUUUUAUUAUGUUCAGCUGGACGUAGGGCAGCCGCCGAAGCCAUACUUUCUGGAUCCUGACACAGGCAGUGAUCUCACCUGGCUUCAGUGUGACGCGCCUUGUGUUCGUUGCACUAAGGGGGCUCACCCGCUCUACCGUCCAAGCAAAGACCGGGUGGCCUGUAGGGAUCCCUUGUGUGCUUCCUUGCACUCUUCUCCAGACUAUCAAUGCGAUGAUCCACUGCAAUGUGAUUAUGAAGUUGAGUAUGCGGAUGGGGGUUCUUCACUUGGUGUGCUUGUGAAUGAUUCUGUGUUCCUUAAUCUCACAAGUGGAGUACGUGUUAGUUCUCGUCUUGCAAUUGGGUGCGGGUAUGAUCAGAUCCCAGCGGCCUCCUCUUAUCCUCCUUUAGAUGGAGUACUAGGCCUUGGCAGGGGAAAUUCUAGUAUUGUGUCACAGCUAAGUAAUCAGGGCACGGUGAGGAAUGUAGUUGGCCACUGUUUAAGUGGUAGAGGAGGAGGUUUUCUUUUCUUUGGGGAAGGUGUUUAUGAUUCGUCGCGCGUCGUCUGGACAUCAAUGUCACGUGAUUACCCUAAGCAUUACUCUGCUGGAUUUGCUGAGCUCACUCUGGGUGGAAAAGCGACAGGAGUGAAAAAGCUUCUUGUAGACUUUGACAGUGGCAGUUCUUACACGUACCUCAAUUCUCAGGCAUAUCAAACUUUCAUUUCUUUGUUGAGGAAAGAACUGAGUGGAAAGCCCUUAAAAGAAGCCGUAGAUGACCAGACGCUCCCAGAGUGCUGGAAAGGCAAAAAGCCCUUCAAAAGCAUACAUGAUGUUAGAAAAUACUUCAAGCCACUGGCGCUGAGCUUUUCAAACGGCUUGAGAUCUAGAUCUCGGUUUGAAUUACCCCCCGAAUCGUAUCUCAUCAUCUCGCCCAAAGGCAAUGUUUGCUUGGGAAUUCUAAAUGGUACAGAGGUGGGGCUUCAAAAUCACAACAUUAUUGGAGAUAUAUCAAUGCAAGAUAAAAUGGUGAUUUAUGACAAUGAGAAGCAGCUAAUCGGAUGGGCCUCUGCAAGCUGCAAUCGGCUUCCAUCCCCCAACUCUUAUUUCGUGUAACAAGAUCUAUGAUUAAUGGAUUUUCCAUUCAUAUGACUGAAAAUGAAAUCAGCAAAUGGGGGGGGGGGGGGGGGGGGGUUAUAUGGUGGAAGUAUAUAUCUUUUUCUUCUUUCUUCUUUUAAGUUACAUUGAUGUUGAUUUCUUCUGUAAAGGGGUCUACCCUGCACCGUAGUGAAUGAAAUACGCAAGUCUAGUCGUAUAUUUGUUUGAUUUGUCUCGACAGAGUCGUAUAGUGUUUGUGGUUUUUGCCUUCUUUUUUUUUUUUUAUAUGUGU